GUGACUUUUUUUUUUUUUUCUAAUGGAAAAUUAAGCCGUGACUUAACAAAAUUAAUAAAGCCAGCUUCGACGCAGCUCAAUACAGUCAAGGUCAAACGUGGAAUUGAUUAUCUUUUCACCCGGUUUUGCCCCUAACGAAAUUACAUAUUACCAGAGGAAGUCCCUUAUCAGUGCCACCGCUUAACUCGGUGACGCAGAAAGCAAAACCGCCACUCUCCACUCUUUUGAAGCUUCUACUCUCCGCACCCAUGUCGCAUGCUCUUCAUCUCAUCGCCAAGAACCUUCCUGGUUAUGGAGUGGCAGAUAAGAGAUGUCUCCCUUGUUCAGGUGUUUCUGGAAGAGCAAUUGCUAUAUCUCCUCACUCUUUGCAUGGUCAGCGUAGAAUACAUUCACAGGUGAAGAUUGGAUCCUUAAAAUGUUUUCCUGGGGAAGCAUCUUUUGUGUGCAGAGCAGCUUCUAAUGGGCAUAGGAGGAACCAAGACUUCUCUAAGCAGAAACGUGGAUUCCGAGGUGUGAACAGGAAAAAUGAGGACAGAGAGAGCUUUGAAACCUCUGAUGAAUCUGAACCGUUGUUUUCAAAAAAUGGUCGAUUACCCUCCCUCUCUGGUUCCUCAAAAUUCCAAGCCACUGCAGCCCCAGGACAGAGAGAGAAGGAGAUUGUGGAGCUUUUUAGGAAGGUCCAAGCUAAGCUUCGAGAAAGAGCUGCAGCCAAAGAUGAAAAGAAGGUUGAACUUUCACAAGGAAAAGGUAAGGAGAAUGAAACAGUAGAUUCCCUGCUUAAGUUGUUGAGAAAACACUCAGUAGAACAAGGGAAGAGAAAAGGGAGCAGUGGCAGCCGUGGCAGCCGUGGCAGCCGUGGAGACCUUAAUUUGGGUCACCGGAAAGAGGAUGGCUCUUACAAUGAAGAUAAAAGCUCUAGCCUCUUUGACACAAAUGGUGAUUUGAGGAAUGAGGCUAAAGAAGCUCAUUCCCACAAUUUAAGAAGACCAGCAUCAAAUUUCAGACGAAGGUCACCUGUUCCACAGGUGAAAUAUCAGUCCAUUUAUUCCAGCGCUGUCAAUUCUGAAUCACAAUUGAAUUCAAAUGGGAAGAGUGAAAUAAGUUCUGUUGAGUCACCUCCUGAAUACAACUAUGAGCCUGUGUUAGAAUCUGAGCUAGAGGAGGAACUGGACUCUGGAGAUGAGGAGGAACUGGACUCUGAAGAUGAGAAGGAACUGGAGCCUGAAUCAAUCUAUGAAGAUACCAACGUAUUUGAUUAUGCAUCAGAAAUUUCUGAUGGUUCUGAUAUUGAUGAUGCCGAUAAUGAUUUGGACGAGGACAAACAAGAGGAGUCUGAAGAAGAAGAUUUGAGCGCGUUGAAGGUAACAGAACUCAGGGCACUUGCAAAGACUCGUGGUGUAAAGGGGUACUCAAAGAUGAAAAAAGAUGAUUUGUUGGAAUUGCUAAGUAGUAGCCAUUCUAAUUAGUGAUGCUGGAAAAACGCAAAAGACUGAAGCCUACUUAAAUUUUGUUGGUUAUGAUCUUUAUGAAAUUCCCUUUGGUUUUUUAUGUUGUUUCCCAAGGAUAAUGGUAGGUAGAACUAAUUUUUGAGAACAAAUUUCAGACGAAUUUAUAAUAGCAAUUGAUCAUGGUGUGGACCGUUUUACAUGAAGUCACAUAAUCAACUUUAGAAAUAAUU